AAGACAUUAUUUUGUGGCCGGAAGAAAAAAAAAAAAGAUUUAUUAGGGUUUCGGUUCCCUUCCCAAACUGAUCGGUGAAUUCUAGGGUUUUGAUUCGAAAAAACGUAUGUAUGGCUUCGGGGUCUAUAGUCGGGGGAGGCGGUGAUGGUUCUCGAGACAAGCAUAGAUGGGGUGAUGGCAAAGUUUACACCAGAAAGGCUCACAACAAGGGUUCUGAGAACGCACAUCAACGGCAACCCUCUCAGACCGCGGCUAUUGAAGACGGUAACACUUCUCAGCAGCAGCUCCUAACUCGUUUCGAUGCCGCUUCCGAUGAUUCGUCGAGCCUGAAUCGUCGUCAAUCCGCUGCUCCCAAUAGUCCUGAACCACCGUCCGGUAAUGGCUCCAUCCGCGCGGUUUUCCCCAGGUUGGAGAAUGGUGUCACGAUUAACUUGUCUUCUAGGUCGAAGCAGGAGAUGCGAGAGCUCCGGCGGAAGCUUGCGAACGAGCUAGAUCAGGUUCGGACUCUGGUGAAGAAGCUUGAAGCCAGGGAAGUGCAGUACACUGGCUUCUCCGGUAGUGGGUACAGUCACUCUCAGCUGUCCACUAAUGAUGCUGCGGACAACUGUAGCACGAAGAGGAUAAAUUCUGAGGUUGGUUCAGUGGGUCAUCACGAGUUGAGACCGUUGCACCAGCUUAGUGUCUCAGUGGUGGAGAAUAGCCAGGGAGUAAGCGAUGUUGUUGAGAAAGAGAAGAGGACUCCGAAGGCGAACCAGUACUAUCGGAAUUCUGACUUUGUGCUUGGGAAGGAGAAAUUCCCACCUCCAGACAGCCACAAAAAGUCGAAGUCUAAUGGUAAGAAACGUCGAGAUGGGGAAUACGGGUUUCAGGGGUUUGGAGUGGACAAGUAUUCCAGUCAGGUGUUCAAGAGUUGCAGUAAUUUGCUCGCCAAAUUAAUGAAGCACAAGCAUGGUUGGGUGUUUAAUACUCCUGUGGACGUGAAGGGGCUUGGACUCCAUGACUACUAUACCAUUAUCAAGCAUCCAAUGGACUUGGGCACAGUGAAAUCGAGGUUGCUUAAGAACCGGUACAAGUCUCCUUGGGAGAUUGCAGAGGAUGUGAGACUUACAUUCCGCAAUGCCAUGACAUAUAACCCGAAAGGGCAGGAUGUUUAUGUUAUGGCGGAGCAGCUUUUAAAGAUAUUUGAAGACAACUGGACAGUUGUAGAGGCUGAACUCAAUCUUAAUUCAAGGUUUGGAACUCACUAUGAUGCUGCUCUUCCUACCCGUACCUGGAGGAAGGCCCUUCCACCUCCACUGCAUCCUGAGAUGAGAAGAACUCUUGAUAGAUUAGAAUCAACAACACCUCCAGUUGAUUCUAACUUGAAACCUUCAAACUUUGCCCCUCCAGGUCCAGGUCGGACUCCUGCACCAAAGAAGCCUAAGGCAAAGGAUCCCCACAAAAGGGACAUGACGUAUGAGGAGAAGCAAAGACUCAGCACAAAUCUUCAGAGUUUGCCUUCGGAAAAGCUGGACAACAUUGUCCAGAUUAUUAAGAAGAGGAACUCAUCACUGUGCCAGCAUGACGAUGAGAUUGAAGUGGACAUUGAUAGCGUUGAUGCAGAAACUCUAUGGGAACUUGAUAGGUUUGUAACCAACUACAAGAAGAGUCUGAGCAAGUAUAAAAGAAAAGCCGAACUUGCCAUUCAAGCAAGAGCUGAGGCAGAACACAAUGUACAGGAAAUGAAUCCAGUCACAACAAUGAUUGAAGCACCCACAGAACCUAAAAGAGAUGAGAAGAUUGUUUCCUCUUUCUCACCUGUCCAAGCAGAAAAGCAAGGGGAUAAUGCGAGUAGAUCAAGUAGUUCAAGCAGCUCUAGCAGUGACUCUGGAUCCUCUUCAAGUGAUUCUGAUAGUGAAAGUUCCUCUGCAUUUGGAUCUGACGUGGGACAUUCCCCAAGGACUUAAAUGGAUUCAAUUCAGGUUCUCCUCCUCCAACACGACUUGUAUGAUAAUGUUUAGCAGAUAGUGGUAGUUAGUGACGGUUGGUUUCGUUUGGUUUGUGUAGCAAAUGUACAUUGCUAACUACAGCUACUCAUCUCAGCAUCACUGAUACUUGAUUUUAUUGGUGGCUGCAAUUGUUAGCAAUCAAAUGAGAAAGAGUUGGAUUAAAAUUUUCAGGAUUGGGUCUUCAUAUGCAGUACCAUGGUCAAUGAGGUGUGCAAAGUUGGCAAUUCAGUGUUUGUUGGCAGUGUCUGUAUAUGGUGGUGAACUGAUGUCUGUAAUGCUAAUCAAUGGAGUAAUUGCGUCAUACUAAA